GAUAGAGUGGCAGGUGACACACCAACUGGACAUGGGUCGUGUACUGGUGCUGUUCAUGUUGCUCUGGAACUCAGGAUUCCUCCCAGGUUUCCAGACAGAGGGAAAAGAUAUUGAUGAUAUCCGGUUAUUGGGAGGAUCCAGCCGCUGUUCUGGUGUGCUACAGGUGAAGCGGCAGGGAGAGUGGGCAGAAGUGGAUGACCGUGAAUGGGACCUGAAGUUAGCAGAUGUAGUUUGCAGACAUCUGGACUGUGGCUCUGUGGUUCAAGCUUUAUCAAAAAGACAUUCAUUCUCAGACCCUUAUAGCAGCAUCACAUCUUCCUGUCUUGAGUCUGGACCUAGACUGAAGAAAUGUUUAACAAAAAGGUCCCGGACUUGGCCUACCAGUUUGGAGAUCAUCUGCUCAGACUCUGUCAGGCUGGUGAAUGGGACCAGUCUGUGUUCAGGCAGACUGGAGGUGAAGUCUAACCAGUCUACCCAGUCGUGGUCCUCAGUGUGUGAAGAUGACUUUGACCUGCAGGAUGCAGAGGUGGUCUGCAGGGAGCUUGGCUGUGGGGCUCCUUUAGUCCUCCAGGGGGCGCUCUAUGGAGACAUGGAGGCUCCAGUGUGGACCAAAGAGUUCCAGUGUAGAGGCCAUGAGUCUACUCUGCUGGACUGUGACAGCUCAGAUAGAAACAUCUGCUCUUCUGGCAAAGCUGUUGGACUCACCUGCUCAGAGCCUGAUAAUUUCCAGUUGGCGAGAGGAUCCAGUCGCUGUGCCGGUGAACUAGAGAUGAAAAAACACGGAGAGUGGCGUAAAGUGGAUGCUACAUAUAAUGCCUGGAAUCUACAGGCAGCAGAUGUAGUGUGUAGACAUCUUGACUGCGGCUCUGCUGUUUCAACAGGGAGGAAAGAGAGCAAGCAGUACGGAGGAAUAUGGAGGAUUAGAUCAACUUGCCUUCAAUCCAAGUCUGCAGUUAGGGAGUGUAUAUUAACAAAGUAUUCCCUUUCCCUUUCCAACCUGGAGAUCAUCUGCUCAGACUCUGUCAGGCUGGUGAAUGGGAAUAGUCUGUGUUCAGGCAGACUGGAGGUGAAGUCUAACAAGUCUACCCAGUCAUGGUCCUCAGUGUGUGAAGAUGACUUUGACCUGCAGGAUGCAGAGGUGGUCUGCAGGGAGCUUGGCUGCAGGGCUCCUUCAGUCCUCCAGGGGGCGCUCUAUGGAGACAUGGAGGCUCCAGUGUGGACCAAAGAGUUCCAGUGUAGAGGCCAUGAGUCUGCUCUGCUGGACUGUGACAGCUCAGAUAGAAACACCUGCUCUUCUGGCAAAGCUGUUGGACUCACCUGCUCAGAGCCCGAUAAUUUACGGUUGGCGAGAGGAUCCAGUCGCUGUGCCGGUGGACUGGAGAUAAAGAAAGAGGGAAAGUGGCGUAAAGUGGAUGUUAAAGAUUCUGCCUGGAAUCUAAAGGCAGCAGAUGUAGUGUGUAGACAUCUUGACUGUGGCUCUGUUGUUUCAACAGGGUGGAAAAAGAGGAAGUUCUACACAGGAAUAUGGUGGAUUAGCUCAACUUGUCUUCAAUCCAAGUCUGCAGUUAGCGACUGUAAAUUAGCAAAGUCUUACACUUCCCAGUCCAACCUGGAGAUCAUCUGCUCAGACUCUGUCAGGCUGGUGAAUAGGACUAGUCUGUGUUCAGGCAGACUGGAGGUGAAGUCUAACCAGUCUACCCAGUCAUGGUCCUCAGUGUGUGAAGAUGACUUUGACCUGCAGGAUGCAGAGGUGGUCUGCAGGGAGCUUGGCUGUGGGGCUCCUUUAGUCCUCCAGGGGGCGCUCUAUGGAGACCUGGAGGCUCCAGUGUGGACCAAAGAGUUCCAGUGUAGAGGCCAUGAGUCUGCUCUGCUGGACUGUGACAGCUCAGAUAGAAACACCUGCUCUUCUGGCAAAGCUGUUGGACUCACCUGCUCAGAGCCUGUCAGAUUGUCUGGAAGAGCCAGUAACUGUGCUGGUACGCCAGAGAUGAAACAACAGGGACAGUGGAGACCAGUGAUUGCAUUUAAUUACGAAUGGGUCCAGAAGUUAUCAUCUGCAGUGUGUAAACGGCUGGACUGUGGUUCUGCUGUUUCCACAAACAUGAGCAGCUCUAGAAAAACACCUGUGUGGGAGAUCAAUCAUUCUUGUGUUCAGUCUGAUUGGCUAGUACGGGAGUGUUUAUCGUUAACAAGUUCCUUGAAAAGCCCCACGAACCUGGAGGUGGUCUGCUCAGUGAUGGGGUUUCUGAGGCCACGCAGCAGGGGUUGCGAGUGCUCAUGGGCUCCGACUUCACCAUCAGCUGCUCCAUCCUGCCACAGUACCCAGGAGGCUCCUUCCAGCUCAUCUUCAACACCUCCGACCCAGAACAGAAGACCUACACCCUGCCAGCUGUCAAUCACUCAGCCCACUUCCUGUUCUCUGCUGCAGACUCCACCCACCGAGGGGAGUACCGCUGUGUUUAUCACCUCAACGUUUUCUCCCAUAACUUCUCUUCUGAGAGCCGCCCGCUCCAUCUCACUCUUGCAGGCCAGCAGAGGGCAGACGCUAAGAAGAGAGGACAACAUGGAGGUUCAUUACCUCUGUGGUGCUGAUGACUUGCUGGGUGAAGAGGCAGGAGGAGCGCAGGGCUCAGAGUAGGAUCUCACAGCCAGAUGGACGGCUCUGCUCUCAAACAGCCAAAUCAGAGCAGUUCAGGUGUGGGAUAAUAUCAGGCAUAGCUUUCCUAGAGAAGACCCAGACAGACAAUCAACUACAAUGGCAAACUUUUAAACCAUUGUACAGGGUGGAACAAUUAAAUAAUAUGAUUGUACAUUUAUGGUUUUAUUAUUACAGAGAUUUUUUUCUGCAUAAAGAAAUAUUUGGCGCCCCAAAGAGGUUUUAGUCAGCGUCUAAAGGAAAAUCACCAGCUCUAAUACAUCUUUGACUUCCAGCUGUCAACUCCUCUCCCCUCGCUCUCUGAUAUAGAGGCAUCAGCAUUACAUUUAAACGUCUUAUAAGCAGUUGAAAGUUCCUUGUAGUCAAUCAACAUUUAUUUGCAUAGCACUUUACAGCAACCUACAGGUAUCCAAAGUGCUACAGAAAAGGACCAAGAAUAAAACAACAUAACAUACAAUAAAAAGAAUAAAACAUAGAAUUGUAAAAUCAGAAAAGGUUGCUUUUAACCAGGAGGAAGAGAGGUCAAAUGUUAGAGCGCUACUGUAUAUUAAAAGCAAUUCUAAAUAAAUACGUUAACAACGUAACAACUUAAUGUUGAAUUCACACAUUCUUUUCACAUCGUAG